AUGGUUCGCGCUACAAAAGGUGUUCUCGUACAAUGCGAUGCCUCGAUCAAAGCAAUCAUUCUCAAAAUUGACGCGGGGAACAGCGAUUUCAUCAUCGAGGAGCUGGAUGACGAGACCCUCUUGGUCAAGGAAAACAAACUCAAAGAACUCCAAAUGUUGCUUAAGAAGCAACUAGACGACACGCUCAAAUAUCCCGAAGAAUCUGAUUCAGAUUAA